GCCCGCCCCCAGUGACGUACCGCCCUUGUUGUGGUGACGUCAGGAGGCUGAUCUUCCGCUGCGGACGCGGGAGGGAGAAGCUCGUUCAGGACCGAAAAUAAACCGAAAAAACCGACAAAUAAUCACCCGAUCUAGUCUGAGGCCAUUCCACAGCUGGGAAUCAUGGGUAGAAUUUUCCUCGACCAUAUUGGAGGCACCCGACUGUUCUCCUGUGCAAACUGUGACACCAUCCUGACAAACCGCUCAGAAUUAAUCUCCACACGCUUCACAGGGGCUACAGGAAGAGCCUUCCUCUUUAACAAGGUGGUGAACCUCCAAUACAGUGAAGUACAGGAUCGAGUGAUGCUAACCGGGCGACACAUGGUAAGAGACGUGAGCUGCAAGAAUUGCAACAGUAAGCUGGGCUGGAUCUACGAGUUUGCAACUGAAGACAGUCAGCGGUACAAAGAGGGGCGAGUGAUUCUGGAGCGAGCUUUGGUGCGUGAGAGUGAGGGCUUUGAAGAACAUGUUCCCUCUGACACCUCCUGAGGAAUAACUUCGACAUUGAUACUUUCUGUUCUGUUUCUGAAAGAAAAGAAUACUUUUUAUUUUAAAAGGAAGUAAUUUCUCUCUCUCUCUCAUCUCUCGUGUACAGUGUCACUUUAGCUUUGAGUCAGGCGUUGUGUUGUAAAUCGAGAGACGGAAAAUAUCUCUAUUUCCAGACAGUGCUUUUAACUCCCGGUAUGUAGUUUCCUGUAGUGGAAAGCUGUUCUGCGAUGCUUAGCUUUUAUUUACUUGUUUUUUUUUUAAGUAUUUUUCCUUGCUCUUUGUUUAUGCAGAGGGUCAGCUUGCCUCUGGCUGUAAGUCUUGCUGUUUGUAACUCAAAGGGAAUGGUUUAGCAGCAAAGAUUCAGGAAGUAGUGAGCUCACACUGCACUGAGAUUGUGCUGCUGCUGGGCUCUGCCAGUUUCUCCUCAGAUUGGAGGUUUUUCCUUGGAAUCCACUGUUUCUCCCAGCCCCAAUCCAGAUUGUGCUAGUGCCCGCAUCAAGAUCCCACUGGGCUUCCCUGAGCCCACCCUGGCAUCUGGAUCCCACUGGGUCACUCCCUCAUUCGGAUCCCGCUGGGUCACUCUCUCAUCCGGAUCCCGCUGAUCUCGCCCCCACCCCCCUCACACCAUCCGGAUCCUGCUGAUCUCCCCCCCCCACACCAUCUGGAUCCCGCUGGUCUUCAUCCCCGUCUAGAUCCCGCUGGGUCAUCCCCCAUCCAGAUACCACUGAGUCACUUCCCUCACCUGGAUCCUGCUGGGCCAUCCAUCUAGAUCCUUCUGGAUCACACCCUUAUCUGGAUUCCAUUGGACCUUGCACCUCCAUCUGGAUAACAACUGGGUCAAAACCCACAAAUAGAUCCUGAUGAUCACACCCCAGCCAGAACCCACUGGGUCACACACAACAUCUGGAUCCUGCUAGUGUCCCAUCAUUCCCCUCCACCCUCACCACCCAUUCUGAUCUUGCUAGAUCACACACCCCUCAUCUAGGACCUCGCGUGUCUCAUCCCUGAUCAGGAAUUCGCGCGUCUCACCCCAAUAACUGGAUCCCGCUGGGUCACGCCCAUCCAGAUCCCACCUGUAACCCUCCAUCCAGAUCCCCCGGGUGUCCACAUCCCGAUCUGGACCCUGUCCCUGUCACCUCCCACCCCCCACCCCCCCCCCCCCCCCCCCCCCCCCCCCCAAUCCCAUCAUAUUUACUGCCUGCCCCCCUCUUGACCCCACAUCGUGCUCCAAGUUAUGGAGCAUGCAUAGUGCCCAGUGCCUGCUGACGUGAAGGGGAUAAAGGGGGUGAGGGCUGAAUAUUUCCCCUUGGGAGCUGCCUUGAUGUGUGUAACUUAUAAAUAAUUUAAUAAAAGGAAAAUUAUAGUCCCUC